AAAACUCGACGACAUCGAUUCAUACAUUAAUUCGUUUUUGUGUGAAAAAUGGCGGAAAGGUUCAAACAGAAAACUGUUCAGCAAUUACUUCAGCUGUAUUUCAAAGAUGAUAAAACUAAAAUGACUGCAGAAAGUUUAGCAUUGAUGACUGAAGUAGCUACCAUAUUUGUGGCUGAGGCUGUUGGAAGAACCAUCAGAGAGGCAAAGAAAGAUGGUGAUGUUGAACUGAGUUUGGAACAAUUUGAAAAAAUUCUUCCACAAUUGUUACUUGACCUUUGAACAUAAACAAGGAAAAGAAUAAUGUUAUAUGAUAAACAGCUGCCGUUGUUCAGAUGAUUCUUGUUCUUGAGAUUCUUUGCUGAAAAGCAAUAUUCCAGCAAAGGAAGGAUAUAAUAAUAAUUAUUUAAAUGCACAAAGUUUAAACUGAAAUUAGGAAAUUUAGUUUUUCCAAGGCACUAUUCUUCUAGUUAUAAAUACAAAAUAUGUGUUUGGAUCUACAGAAUUUCUUUUUAAGUUACAUUAAUCUGAAAUG